AUGAUUGGACUAAUAAAGACGAUGAGGUUAUUGCUGAAGGUGUUGUGUGCUCAUCUAACUCCAAAGAGAAGGUUAACAAUAUACCUCUAGGUCCAAGUGCUGUUUGUAUUGAAGUUGUGAAGGUGUUCAAUGAUAAUGCUCAUUUGUGGAGGCCAACUACUGAUAGUAGUUUAAUUGGUGAUGCAAUUAACGAGAAAAUCGCAUGGCCAGUCCUAAAGAUUGACGUCACGGCUGCAACCACUACAGAUGCAACACUACCUAAAGCCCAGAGUCCAUGCAGCAAUAGUUCCACCAAAAGUCCAAAGCAGAAGUGUUUUCUUUUAGAUUGCAGCAACUCUGGCCGUAAGGUAGCUGAAGGAAGAGUAGUUUCAACAGAUCCGAACGACUUGUGCCAUCAUGUACCUCUAGGUCCAAAUGCAAGCAAGGUCUGGGUUGAAGUGGCUAAGAUUGGUAAUGCAAAGGUUUGGAGGCCAAAUUCAGAGAUUGAAUAA